CUGCACUGCUCACAUGGGCACAGGAGGCCUCAGAAAGCUGCCAAGACACCAUCUCUGGGAGCUCCCAGCACCCAGAAUCCACCUGAGAAUAUGCUGCCACAAAUAGUCCUUUUGCUGCUAAUGUCCUUGAACUUGGUUUACGGAGGGUUUUAUGCUGAGCGAUACCAAACACCCACAGGCAUAAAAGGCCCACCACCCAACACCAAGACACAGUUCUUCAUUCCCUACACCAUAAAGAGUAAAGGUAUACCAGUAAGAGGUGAGCAAGGUAUUCCUGGGCCACCAGGCCCCGCUGGACCUCGAGGACACCCAGGACCUUCCGGACCACCAGGAAAACCAGGCUAUGGAAGUCCUGGACUCCAAGGAGAGCCAGGGUUGCCAGGACCACCGGGACCAUCGACCACAGGCAAGCCAGGUUUGCCAGGACUUCCAGGAAAACCAGGGGAGAGAGGACCGUAUGGACCAAAAGGAGAAAUUGGACCAGCUGGUUUACCAGGACCCCGGGGCCCACCAGGGCCACCUGGAAUCCCUGGCCCGGCUGGAAUUUCUAUGUCAGGAAAACCUGGACAACAGGGACCUCCAGGAGCCCCAGGGCCCAGGGGUUUUCCUGGAGAAAAGGGUGCACCAGGAGUCCCUGGUGUGAAUGGACAGAAAGGGGAAAUGGGAUAUGGUGCUCCUGGCCGCCAAGGUGAGAGGGGCCUUCCAGGCCCUCUGGGUCCCAUGGGACCAACUGGUCCUCCCGGAGUGGGAAAAAGAGGUGAAAAUGGAUUUCCAGGACAGCCAGGAAUCAAAGGUGAUCGGGGUUUUCCUGGAGAGAGGGGAACAACUGGCCCACCAGGUCCCCAAGGUCCUCCUGGGGAACAAGGACCAGAAGGCAUUGGAAAGCCAGGAACCACUGGAGCCCCAGGCCAGCCAGGGAUUCCAGGGAUAAAAGGUCAUCCUGGGGCCCCGGGAAUAGCUGGGCCCCCAGGGGCUCCUGGUUUUGGGAAACCUGGCUUGCCAGGGCUGAAGGGACAAAGAGGACCUGCCGGCCUUCCAGGUGGUCCAGGAGCCAAAGGAGAACAAGGGCCAGCAGGUCAUCCUGGGGAGCCAGGUCUGACUGGACCCCCUGGAAAUAUGGGACCCCAAGGACCAAAAGGCACCCCAGGCAAUGAUGGUAUCCCAGGCCCUAAAGGUGAGGCAGGGCCAGUUGGGCCUGCAGGAUACCCUGGUGCUAAGGGAGAAAGGGGUUCCCCUGGAUUAGAUGGAAAACCGGGGUACCCAGGAGAACCAGGUCUCAAUGGUCUUAAGGGUAACCCAGGGUUACCAGGCCCCAAAGGUGACCCUGGAGUUAGAGGACCUCCUGGUCUCCUAGGCCCUGUGGGCCCAGCAGGAGCUAAGGGAGUGCCUGGACAUAAUGGUGAGGCUGGUCCAAGAGGUGCCCCUGGAAUACCAGGCAUCAGAGGUCCCAUUGGACCACCAGGCAUUCCAGGAUUCCCUGGAUCUAAAGGGGAUCCAGGGAAUCCAGGUCCUCCUGGCCCAGCUGGCAUAGCAACUAAGGGCCUGAAUGGACCCACUGGGCCACCAGGGCUUCCAGGUCCAAGAGGCCACGCUGGUAAGCCUGGCCUCCCAGGACCCCCAGGGCCACCAGGUCCACCAGGCCAAGCAGUCAUGCCCGAGGGCUUUAUAAAGGCAGGCCAAAGGCCCGGUCUUUCUGGGAUGCCUCUUGUUAGUGCCAACCAGGGAGUAACAGGAAUGCCUGUGUCUGCUUUUACUGUUAUUCUCUCCAAAGCUUACCCAGCAAUAGGUGCUCCCAUCCCAUUUGAUAAGAUUUUGUAUAACAGGCAACAGCAUUAUGACCCAAGAACUGGAAUCUUUACGUGUAGGGUACCAGGAAUAUACUAUUUCUCCUACCACGUGCAUGUGAAAGGGACUCAUGCAUGGGUAGGCCUAUAUAAGAACGGCACCCCAGUGAUGUACACCUAUGAUGAAUACAUCAAAGGCUACUUGGAUCAGGCUUCAGGGAGCGCCGUCAUUGAUCUCACAGAAAAUGACCAGGUAUGGCUCCAGCUGCCCAAUGCCGAGUCAAACGGCCUGUACUCUUCUGAGUAUGUCCACUCCUCUUUCUCAGGAUUCUUGGUGGCUCCAAUGUGAGCACAGUCCCACUGAGCUAAUCUAAAUCUUCCGCUUGAAAAGGCAUUACCCAACUCCACCCCACCCCACAAAAUGCAUAUGAAAGUAGGCUGAAAAAAAUGUGAGUAAAUUUUCCAAAAUACAGAUUUGACCUUUAAGGCCAACAGAUGUUCCCCCUGAGAGAGUAAGCAGCAAUGGUAAACCAUACGUGAAGGCCUCUCAAAUUUUUGGUCAGCAGUCCUAAAGCCCUUUAAGGUUUUCUGUGAAUUACUUAAAUAUUUAAAAAUUUCACCAUAAAAGUCCUAAAUUAAAACAAUAAAACUAUCACAAAAAAAAAGAGAACUCUAAAUUAUGUUAAAUUUGAUUUCAGAAACUCAGCAUUUACUUUUAAAAUAAGCCUGUUUCUAAUAACCAAUAUGAGAAUUUCUUGGAAACAUUCAGGAGGUGUCAUAAAAUUUUCUAGAACUUAAAUACUUGAAUAUUCAAAUUUAAAAGAUACUGUAUACCCUAAGAUAUUUCUGAUGGUGCAUUACUCUAGGGCUUGUACAGUCCCUUUCAUCAAGAUCUAUUCAAAUAUAUAGGUGCAUACAUACUUUUUUUAAAGUACUCAUAAAAAACAAAAAUACUGUGUUAAAAUUAAUCUGAAAUGCAAGGUGCUUUAGUAAUGAACAUUUUCAAACUUUUCUGUGAUUGCAGAGAAGUUUUCUAUAUACCUGGCACAACUUGGAAACAGGUGUCUGACCUAUUCUUAUUUAUUUAACACAAGUGUGAUUAAUUUGAUAUCUUUAAUUCCUUACUGAAUCUUACGUAAUAUGACUUUGUUGAUUUACAGAAUAUUUGCAUAUAUACCUUGUGCCUCCCAUUCUGGUGAAAUUAUAAUUAACUUCAAGGGUUUCAAAAUCUGAAUAGAAAUGAAGACAUUAUUUAUUUAUGCUCUGUACUGUAUGUUUACAUUGCUGUUUAAAACUUUUAAGCUGUGCUUCACUAAAGCAUAAAAUGUUUUACCUACUCCUUAUGUACAAUGCAAUAAAAUAACAUCAAUAGAUUUUAUGCUGAAUUUACUUGAAAGCAACAAUUCAUUAUGCACAACCAUUCUUUUAAGGCUUUUCAUUCUACCAAGUUAAAAAGUAAAACAAUAAAGUG